AUGUGUGAAAAUGAGGCGUUGGGUGAGGGUCCCGCCUCCCUCGCCCUCCUGCGUCGCCGAGCCUCACCCCCUCCUCCGACGUCCGGUUAUCACCCAGACCCCCCACCCGCCGACCAGACCACUCCAACAGCCCGGACCGCCCGCCAAUCCACCUCAACGCUGCCCCCAGGCCCUCCUACGACGCGAGGGACGUCCCGUCCCUCCUCGCCCGGCUCCCGCGACCCUCCCCCCCUCCCCCGUCGCGGCGUCCUUUUCCUCGCCCGACUGCCCAACCCACCCCCCGCCUCCCUCCUCCGUCCCCGCCUUGAAGCGCUGGGCGCCCCCCCCUCCGGGCACCCGCGUUCCCACCUAACCCCUUCCCCGCUCGCCGCUCUCCCAGUCCCAGCUCCCCGGCGCGGCGACACCCCCCCCCUUCAUACCGGCGACCCACCCCACCUCAAUCUCCCCAAACUCACCGACCCAACGUCCGUCCCCGUCAUGGCACCCGCCCUGACCGACCCCCCUCCGUCGGCUCGGCCCGUCCUCCCCGCUCUCGCUUCAUCUCCAGCGCGUCCCCCACCCCCUAACCGCCACACCCCCUCCUCCCCGGUCGCUUCCACCCACCGGCCCCUAGGAGCCCCUCGCUCCCCUACCCUCCGCCCCCCGCCCCCCCCUCACCGAGCCCCGCCACCUCGCCACGCGUCCCGGUCCCGCUCCAGUCGACAACGCUUCUCCCGCCCCCAGGCCCCGCCCUCCGGGUCCUGCGACCUCCUCCAACGACCCCACUCUCCCCGGCACCCGGGCCCCGCCUCCGCUCAACCAGCGACCUACAAGGGCGACACCCCCCCCGGCCUCCUGCCCCCCCCAUUUAGCGCGUCUCAGCCGCCGCCAGCUGGGGUCCGGACUCACACCCCGCCCAGCUGCAAUGCUAGGCCUGGUCCCAGCCCCCCCCCCGGCCCACGAAGGCCAAUCGCCGUCUCCCCUCGCGGCCCUCGCCCGGCCGGCCUAGUCUCCUCCGCGCCGCCCGCCGGGCUCCUCGGCGUCCGGGCUCCUCGUUCCGCCCCCGACCCCCCUUCAGUCCCUCACACCCUUCCGCCCACCGCGCCGCCCGUUCCCCGCGCGAACAGGCAGUCAGGCCUACCCCCCGCCGCGCCACCACCCGCACAUCAUCUGGCCAACCGAUCACGCGUCCCUCUCAAACCUCCCGCCCUCAGGGACUCAGGCCCCCCCUCGCCCACCCCCGUGCCCUCCGGUCCCCCGCGCUCCUACGGCGGCCCGGGGCCCAGAGCCCAAACCCCUCUCCCCCUCCCAGCCCCCCCUCGCCCCAUCUCCCACGGCGCCCCCGAAUCGCCCCCGAAUCCCCCGCCGCCCCCCCCUCCUCCGGCACUCCUUCCACCGCCCCCCCCGGAGGACCUCGGGCCACCGCCGUCCAACGGGCAGGGUGGAACUCCCUCCCCUCCCUCAGCCACCGACUCCUCACGUAUCUGCCCCCGCGGAUCGCCCCCCCCCCUCCCCGACGAGCGUCCCCCCCCGGAUUCUCCCCGCCACCCCUCAUCAUCACGCCCUCCUCGGCUCCGGCCCCCCCACCAGCCGAGUACUUCCCACGCCUAG